GUUAGAGGGGGAGACACUGGGUGUCGGUUGGGAACUUUCAGACCAGACUCUGCUCUGGAGGAAGCUGUGAUCAGAAGCUGUCAGUUAAGGAUUUGGGGGUACCAUUGUCCGUUAAUUUAUUAGCCAUCCUGUCCAAGCAGGCUCUGGACUGUCCUGCUGUGGCUACUGCCACCGGUGGAACCGAGGUUCCCCAUUCUCUGGCAAAAAUGAAGGCGCUCACACUUCUCUUCCUGCUCGGCUGCCUGAUCACGGCAAACGAAGCAAAAAUCUUUAGCCGAUGUGAACUAGCCUAUAUGCUUCAUGAAGAAGGGCUGGAUGGGUAUGAGGGUUACAGCCUUGCCAACUGGAUCUGCAUGGCAUUCUUUGAGAGCGGCUUCAAUUCGGCAGCAGAGGACGACAAUGCAGAUGGCAGCACGGACUAUGGCAUCUUCCAGAUCAACAGCCGUGUCUGGUGCAACAACUACCGGAGCCCCACUGAGAACCUCUGCCACAUACCCUGCACUGACUUGCUGUCAAAUGACAUAACGGAUGACAUCGUCUGUGCCAAAAGAAUUGUGCGAGACCCACAAGGAAUGGAUGCCUGGGAGGACUGGACAAUGCACUGCAAAGGGCGAGACCUGUCUGAGUGGGUGGAUGGAUGUGACCUGUGAGAAAGUCACCAGCCUGGCUCUGCUAUGACUUCUCAGGGCUGUCUAUGUUUUCCUGAAAAGGGAGUGUUUCUCUCCCUCCCUGGGCACUUCUGGCAGUUAGUGUGUACAAACAAUCCAUUCCACAAACCAAUAGGAAAAACAAAAAACAACAACAAAUA